CAGUAGUAGUCAUUCCGAAUUCUGAUAAUCUGAUUCAGUGUCGGUCGAACGACUUGGUUAACGGUCGUGUGUUGGUUUUCUGAGGUUUGUCCCGGGCAGCGCGCGCUCGAACACGGUUGUAAUUAUAAAAUAAUAUUGUCCCAUUCUCUUGUGUUUUUGUUUAAUCGGUCGCCUUUCGUUAUCAUCGUCUACGUUGUUGCUGUAAUUAUUAUUACCUUUUGUUUUAACGCCCGUCGACCCUUAUUACACGCAUAAGUGACCCACUGCCGAGACAAAAACAAUAAUUAUUAUUCCGUUCACAUUUAUCUUAUACCCAUAAUAUUAUAAAAUAAAUUAUUUAAAACGUGCACAAUACAUACAAUUUAACGGGAUCUACGCAGUCAACCGUGUUUGUGGAUCCGCGGACUCUCUGGCCGUCCUCGUCGUCGUCGUCGACUAUCUCUCACCGUAAAUGAGAACGAAACCCGCCGUGCGCCGGAAUUCGUGGAUUAACCGUCACUGACGUUCUGUUAUGGCUGUGGUCGGUCCGAGCCGACACUCCAGGGUGUCAAUGUCGUUGAUGCAGGGCUCGACGAACGGUCCAGUCGGCAACCACCAGCAGGCCAGCGCCUCACAACAGUUUUUUCACGCUCAGCAGCAAUCCCAUCAUGCCGCUCAAUCGGCUACCGCACAUCCGGUGGACUACAAACCUGACAGACCGAUUGGAUAUGGCGCAUUCGGAGUUGUCUGGGCUGUAACAGAUCCGCGAGACGGACGAAGAGUCGCGUUGAAAAAGCUUCCAAAUGUUUUUCAAUCACUAGUCUCCUCGAAACGAGUUUUUAGAGAGUUAAAAAUGUUAUGCAAUUUCAAACACGAAAAUGUAUUAUCCGCCCUUGACAUUCUGCAACCGCCUCAUUUGGAUUUCUUUCAAGAAAUAUACGUGAUAACCGAACUAAUGCAGAGCGACUUGCACAAAAUUAUUGUGUCGCCGCAGCAGCUGUCACCAGACCAUAUAAAAGUUUUCCUCUACCAGAUCCUCAGGGGUCUCAAGUAUCUGCAUUCGGCACGAAUAUUGCACAGAGACAUCAAACCAGGAAAUCUGCUUGUCAACAGUAAUUGUAUUCUAAAGAUAUGCGACUUUGGUCUGGCCAGAGUUGAAGAACCAGAUGAGACUAAACAUAUGACUCAAGAAGUGGUGACACAAUAUUAUAGGGCGCCGGAAAUACUGAUGGGAGCCAAACACUACACAUCGGCUAUAGACGUCUGGAGUGUCGGUUGUAUAUUCGCCGAACUCGUUACCAGGCGGAUACUGUUCCAAGGCCAAGACACAGUUCAACAAUUGGAAUUGAUAACGGACUUGCUCGGUACGCCGACUAUGGAAGACAUGGCCCACGCGUGUCCGGCCGCCCGUUCCCACAUGCUCAUACGACGCAUGAAGAAACCGUCCAUGUCUCUGUUGUAUUCUCUAUCUUCGUUGAUGACGCACGAGGCAGUUCACCUGAUUUCCCAGAUGCUAGUUUUCAACCCGGACAAACGGAUGUCCGUCAUGGACGCCCUGGUCCACCCUUACAUAGACGAGGGCCGUCUCAGGUAUCACAGCUGCAUGUGCAAAUGCUGUUUCACAGUACCGUUGACGGGUCUCCGGCAUUUCUGUAUGGAUUACGAACCGGUGGCGCCACAGACGUUCGACGAUAAAUGGGAGAAGAAAAUGUCGAAUGUACAACAAGUCAAAGAGGAACUUCACAAGUUUAUCGGCGACCAGUUGAGCAGUCACCGAGUGCCAUUGUGCAUAAAUCCCCAGUCGGCGGCAUUUAAAAGUUUCUCGAGGUAAGGCUGUGAGAAACGUCCAACUCUUCUGAAUCACCAAAUAAAACUUCGCCUCGACUAACCGGUACCUAUAUAUAUAGUAUACAUAAUGCAUAUAUACAUACAUUUUAAUAAUAUCUCGGCAUAGCACGUAUAUAUGAUUAACUAUUAUCUUACAAAUAUACAUUUAUGUAUACAUGUAUAGGUAUGUUGCCAUUUUGGCUUAGUACGUAUCCAAACGUAUAUAAUUUUAUUUUUAUUUUAUUUAAUAAUUUUGACAAAGUUUUUACUUUUUAAUCAGUCCGUGAAUGUGUACAAACGUGACUUUACCGUUUCGAUUUUAAAAUAAUGUUGUUAGG